AUGGCAAACAAAAUCGAUGUCAAUUUUCAUUUUGGAGGAACAAUGAUAAAUGUGGAUGGAGAACUCAGCUACAUAGGCGGAUGCAACAUCGAUGGAGUGAAGUUCGAUCCAGAUAAGUUAUCAUGGUUUUUCUUUGAGGAGUUUGUGCAAUCCCAUAAGAUAUCAUCUCCUAUUUCUAUGAUGUUGUAUAAGUUGCCUCAUGAAACAAUGCAAGAAUUGAGGGUAUGUCAUGAAGAUGUAGUUUGGGAAGUUUGUGAUAUGUGUAAACUAGCUGAGGAAUGGAAGAAGAUAGAUAUCUAUGUAGAUCAUCAGAUAUCAGAAGCAAAUGUUGUGUUAAGUCUCCCCGAUAGUCAAGAGUGUCCGGAUGACAUUGUUGAAGAAGAGAUUCCGAACGAGGAUGUUUUGGAGAAAGAGUUCAGUGAAGAAGAGGUUAGGAAUGAAAAUGUUGUACUAGAACAGGUUCAGGAUGAGGAUGUUAGGGAAGGAUUUAGAGAAGAAUUUGUUGUAGAAGAGGAGGGUAGAGAAGAAGAGGCUGUAGAAGAAGAGGGUACAGAAGAAGAGGUUGUUGUGACACCCACACCAGAAAAUACAGCAGAUGAGUGGGAGGCUUUUGAAAAGCCUAACUUAGGCGGUCUGAAAAAAAGAUUAUCUGUUGAAGGAGAGGAUCAUAUAAGCUUUGGUAAGACAUUCAACAAUGCUGAGGAAUUUAAAGAUGUUGUUUUCCAAUACAUGUUGAGUACUAAAUAUAACGUUAGAAUAUCGAGAUCGGAGAAGACGAAAUAUGUUGUUGUGUGUGGUACGAAGACCUGUCCGUGGCGAGUGUAUUGUUCAGUAGAUGGCCGUUUUAAUAAAUGGCUGAUAAAAACAUAUAACCCGGAUCACAACCACACGAAAGAUGGAUAUGUAUCACUAUUGACGAUGAGGCACAUCGCAGCCAUGUUUACCGAAAUGCUCAGAAGACAACCUUCAUACCCUGCUGCUCAGAUGCAAUAUGAUUUGCAAACAACUUGUGAGAUGACUGUGUCAUUAUCAAAGUGUUUCAAGGCUCGACAAAUUGCGUUAGGAGUGUUAGUGGAGGAUCAACGAGUUCAGUUUGCAAAGUUAUGGGAUUAUGAAGCGGAGCUUAAGAGAUCAAAUCCAACCACAACUACUGAAAUUGUGACAAAACUUGAGAAAGGUGUACUCGUUUUCGAUCGAUUUUAUGUAUGUUUCGAGGUUUUACGUGAGACUUGGAAGAAACAUUGGCGUCCUGUGAUCGGGUUAGAUGGAUGUUUUUUGAAAUGGGAGCUUAAAGGAGAACUCCUUUCUGCUGUUGGAAGAGAUGCGAACAACCGGAUUUAUCCUAUAGCAUGGGCAGUUGUACGCGUGGAGGAUACCGAUAGUUGGACUUGGUUUGUACGUAAAUUACAAGCAGACUUGGACUUGGGGGAAGGACACAAUAUUACUAUACUUUCAGAUAAACAGAAGGGUCUGUUAAAUGCUAUUGAGGAUAUACUUCCAUUUGCUCAUCACCGUAUGUGUACUCGACACAUAUGUGCCAAUUGGAGGAAGUCAUUCAAAGAUUUGGAGCUCAAGAGAUUGUUUUGGGCAGCUGCUAACAGUUUCCAUGAGGGUGAGUUUCAAAAGCAUAUGGAAGCUGUAAAGAAUUAUAAUCAGCUGGCAUAUGAGGCAUUGAUCCGUUCUAGACCGAAACAAUGGGUACGAGCGUUCUUUAGUCUUGACUCCAAGUGUGAUGAUGUAAACAACAAUUUGUCGGAGAGUUUCAAUGGGUCAAUCAGAGAAGCACGUAUGAGACCUAUGAUUGACAUUCUGGAAAGUAUCAGGCGACAAACAAUGCAAAGAAUUGCGAAGCGGCAACGCCAGUCCAGCUCUUGUAUCACUCCAUUUCCACCAGAUGUAAUGGACGACAUCGAAGUUGUUCGACAGAGGUCGGUCUAUUGUAUGGCGAUACCAAGUGGACAUGGCAAAUAUGAAGUUUUACAUUUCAGUAUAAGUUAUACCGUAGACCUUGGUGGGAAGACUUGUGCUUGCCGGAGAUGGAAUUUAACCGGAUUACCAUGUGAACAUGCAUUAUGUGUGCUCAAUGCAAGAAAAGACGACAUUACAAGGUAUUCUCCAGAGUUUUUUCUGACAUCAAAAUGGAAACAAACAUAUGAGAAAAAUCUGUUACCAGUAAAUGGAGAGCCACUGUGGCGGAAAUUGGGAAAAGAACCUAUCGGUGUACCCGAGAAGCGGGCAAUGCCCGGACGACCGAGGAAACAUAACCGAAAAAAGGAUCCUCACGAAUCUCCUACAAAGAAAGGUCAUAUGACACGUCAUGGAAGGGUAAAGACAUGUAGUCGGUGUAAGCAGCCUGGGCAUAAUACAAGCACGUGUAUAAAUGAUCCGGUGCAAAAUAAUGUCCAGAAACGAGGACGAGGAAGACCAAGAAAAUUACAGGUCGGUGGACAAUCAAGACAGCCCGAACCAUAAAAAAGAACCAGAACAACGACCAAUAUUUCUGUCGAUUCGGUCCAAUCGAGUCAAAAUUCUGUCCAGGUUGGUCCAUCGAGUCAAGCUCAUCCUGCAAGAACUAGACAGAAUCGUCACCCUAGACCAAGACAGAACCAUCCCUCAGCCCAAUCAACUCAACAAAUGCCUCUUCCUACUCAAUCCAGCCAGAGUAAUCAGCCUUCUGUCCAAUCUAACCAGAGUGGUCCUUCAACUUCACAACGUCUUCGUUAUCGAUCAACUCGACCUCUUGGAGGACCGCGUAACCGAAAUACAUCUUCCAUGAUAUUUGUUACUUCAUAUACGGGUAGACUAUUUCAGGUUCCAAGGCCAGCUCCUCCAUCAAACCCGGGAAACAAGUGAAAUAGGUUUCGGAUAUUAGGAGUUUAUAUUUUGGUUCAGAAUUCUGUAUUGACUACUCUUUUUUGUUUCAGAAUUCUGUAUUGACUAUUGUUUCAGAAUUCUGUAUCGGUAGUCUUUGGGUUUUUGGUUUAGAAUUCUGAAUCGGACCUGUUUGUGUUUUUGGUUUAGAAUACU